AUGGACGACGACGCGACCCCUCCACCACCUCCUGUUCCUGCAGAAGCACCUCCACAGCCCCCGCCACCUGCUCCGACCACAGGAUCUCCAACAGACUUUUUGAAGGGCGUUGUAGGCAAACGAGUGGUCGUUCGUCUCACCUCUGGCGUAGAUUACAGAGGUGUUCUUUCGUGUCUAGAUGGGUACAUGAACAUCGCGCUGGAGCAGACGGAGGAGCACGUCAACGGUAGGGCGACCAACCGAUACGGGGACGCAUUCAUUCGUGGAAACAACGUGCUGUAUAUCUCGGCUGCCGAACCGCUAUGA